AUGUCGAAGCGUCGUCAUAACACUUCUGGCGAGGACAGGAUCCCAAUAGUAGAAAAACUAUACAGGGAGAACCAACCUUCAUUUGAAUGUGCUGGUGGCUUUAUGGACGAUGACGACCAAUACCAAGAGAGGAGAGACGAGUUGUCGGAGUCAAAACAAAGAAGAGCCGAUGCGAAGUUAGCUAGCCAGGAUAUUCCCGACAACUGUAUCAAAUGUAAUAAGCCGAUGUUCGAUUCGUGGCUUUGGGAACGCUAUAACCAUCCAGUCUGUGAUGGUUGUAGAGAUGACCUCAACGAGCACAAGUUGAUUCCUCGAACGGAGGCCAAAUCAACAUAUUUACUGAAGGACGCCGACCUCGAUCUUCGGAAACCACCUCUAAGAUUUUGGGCCAAGAAGAAUCCGCACAACCCUCGCUAUGGAGACAUGAAAUUGUACUUAAAGUGUCAGGUUGUCGAUCGAAUGCUUGAAAUAUAUGGAAGUUGGGAAGAGUUUGAGGCGGAGAAAAGGCUGAGGGCCAAUCAAAAAGAAGCUCGAGCUGAGAAGAACUUCGAGAAGAAAGUGAAAGAGAUGAGGCAACAUAUCCGUGGCUUGUCUGGAGUGAAAAUCCAGCCUGACAAAGCACAUGAACACACGUACGCAGAGGAAGAGUAUGACGAAGCUAAAGACGAGUACUUGAAGAAGUGCACACAAUGCGAUUACGUACUUAGAUAUGAAAAAAUGUGA